AUGGAAUUUUUGUCUCUAAACCGCACUAUCAUCACCGAAUCGCCACCAUUUACAAAAAAUUGGACAGGACUAAAUGGCACGUGGUUUAAACGAUUUGUGCAAGCAUCGGAAGAGCUGGGACCGGUAUCAACAGCUAUCGUGGAAGAGAAGGCAAGGGAAAAUGAGGGUGAAGAGAUUCAGGACGAAUUCAAACCACCAUCGAAAAGGCUCAAGAGGGAUGAACCAGAAAAGAUACCAGAGUCGACAAAAGAUCUUAAUGUUUGUGCCAUCCUUUCUCUACGUCCUCGUCACUUUGGAAAAACAUUAUUCCUCUCCACUUUGUCGUCUUAUUACGACAUAAAGAACAAAGAACAAUUCAAACAAAUCUUCGGCGAUUUAUACAUCGGAAAAAAACCAACACCAUUAGCAACAUCAUUUCUCAUCCUCGAACUCAAUUUUUCUAAACUUCGCACUAACGAAACAUAUGACAUCUUUAAUGCAAACUUUCAUACAAAUUUGAAUAUGCAUAUGUCAUUGUUUAUGAACCGAUAUCAACAAGAGUUGGGACGUUAUUCUCAAGUUAUUGAUGUAAAUGCAGAUGCUUUGGCAAAUUUCUUGAGGCUAACAAAAGCGGUGCAAUCAAGUGGUCACAAACUCUAUGUUUUCAUUGAUGAAUAUGACGCGAGUAUGAUUGAAGCUCUCAGAAACGAAACCAUCUUUCAAGAUCUCACCAAUAAUCACAAGGAAAGCGUCUUCAUUAAAAGCAAAAUCGUAUUAAUUGAAAGUUCGUUCAGACCAUUCUACGGUCUUUUGAAGACUGCUUGUGAUAAAGGCAUUGCCCGUGUUUUCCAAACUGGCGUAAUUCCCAUUGUUAUAUCGGGUUUUAAUAUUUCAGCGGAUCUUGCAUUAAGAGAAGAAUUUUGGGAUUUGUAUGGAUUCAAGAAAUCAGAUGUUGAACUUCUCUUGGACAAUGCUUUUGGAAAUGGCGAUAGUGAUGACACUUCAAUUAUCAUAAAAAAGCUUCUUCAUUUUCCUUCUGAUCCGCACACACUGCUCUCACAAGCAACAUUGAACUUGAUCAACAAUCCCCUCGGAAAAUCCAUUCUUACUGAAGCACUCAAUCGAUGUCUCGAAUCAAAAAAUGGUAUAGAACAACGAUUUCGACUUAUUGAACUUGCCGCCGAUCGCAUCCCGCUAUUAUCAUUCUUGUUUUAUACUGCAGAGUUUAUUGCAGAGGCACUUAAGAUUUAUGAUUGGAAAAAGGAGGAUUUAAUGUCUGUACGGGAAUGUUUUCAAAUUUUGGAGGGGGAAAACAACAUUGAACCACUCUGCCGAUUUGUAGAGCUAGCUUUACUCAAGCCAUUGAAGGACAAUAGUGUUAAACACGCAAAUGACGAGGCUUUAAGGCAGGCUUUUUUGGAUACUUUAAUUCUCACUCUUCACACAGACAUUGAACCAGAAUUUCUGGUGUAUUCUCAGAGUUCUAAUUUAGGUGAAAAAGCAAUUGAUCUAGUGAAGACAAGUACCAGAAGAAGGAUAGCAAUCGAAUUUGAUAACAUUAGGAUGGAAUACAUUAAAUUGGACGGAGCCCGAGGUAGCUGGCAGGAAGCAACCCAAGUGUCACGAUCGUUGGUGUCAAAAUCAGAGGAUGAAAUUUUAAGUUUUGAAAUUUUUUUGGUCUACUAG